UCUUGCACAUUCUAAUCGUUAUUCUCACUAGAAAAAAAAACUAAUUUCGAGUAGAACCAAAUAAACAACUUCUUUCCUCCCACGGACAAGAAUUAGGGUUUCAAGUUUUUCGUACCAUCUCUAUAAACAAAUCAGCCUUACAACAUGACAAUUUCCAUGGCCUUUUCUCACAUCAUCCAGCCUUCGCUGAUGCAGUUGCAACCUCGAGUGUUCAUCAAUUUCCGAGGAGAGGAAAUUCGCUAUGGCUUCAUCAGCCACCUUGUUGCUGCCUUUGAACUACACGGAAUAUAUUUCUUCAUUGACAAAUAUGAACAAAAGGGAAAAGACCUUACACACCUUUUCAAGAGGAUCGAGGAGUCGAAGAUCGCCCUAGCAAUCUUUUCUGGAAAAUAUGCACAAUCCAAAUGGUGCUUGAACGAACUGGCAAAGAUGAAGACACUAGCAGAAAAAAACAAAUUAAAAGUUAUUCCCAUAUUCUACAAGGUGAAGGUAGAUGAUGUGAGACAUCAGAAGGGAGAAUUUGGUCAUAACUUUUGGAAGUUGGCAAGAACUUCAAGUGGUGAGGAGAUCAAGCAGUGGAAGGAAGCUUUGGAGUUCGUUUCCUACAAGAUGGGCUUGACACUAUGUGAAAACAGGUAUUCGAUGUGACCUUCAACUCUUUUUAUAUUAUAAUCGUGCUAUAUUAGUAUGUUAGUUAUAGGAUUAUUCUCUUUUAAUUUUAGUUAGAUUUGUUAAGAACAUAAUUAAUAGUGAGUAUAUUAUAGAUUUUUAAAACAUUAAAAUCUGAAUUUAUUU